AUGGGUUGGAUUCAUCGUACCAAUCUCAAGGUGGCGCGGUCGCCAGUUGGGCGAUGGUUCCGUCUGGAAAAUUCCGGCCAUCCCCAAGAACGAAAGGGAAGCUUUUUCUUUACCGAAAUUCGGGCUGGAUUGGCGACCUUCUUCGCUAUGGCGUACAUCAUUAGCGUCAAUUCCACCAUCACCUCCGACUCAGGCGGCACAUGUGUUUGUCCACCAGAGAGCUGGGCCGACAAGUGUAAUUCGAACACCGAGUAUCUGCUAUGCGUGCAGGAAGUCAAACGGGAUCUGGUCACUGCCACAGCAGCCAUCGCUGCGCUGGGGACGUUCUUCAUGGGUUUGCUGGCGAAUUUGCCGGUAGCGUUGGCACCUGGAAUGGGCCUGAACGCAUACUUCGCAUAUACAGUGGUUGGACAUCACGGAUUUGGAAUGAUCCCAUAUCGCGUCGCAGUGACAGCAGUGUUUGUGGAAGGGUUUGUCUUCUUGGCCCUGACCCUCAUGGGAAUCCGGCAGUGGUUGGCCCGAGCAUUACCAGCAUCGAUUAAACUGGCGACGGGUACCGGCAUUGGCUUGUAUUUGACCCUCAUUGGAUUGAGCUACAGCGCCGGAAUUGGCCUGGUCACCGGCUCGACGGACACUCCGAUGGAGCUUGCCGGAUGUCAUUCUUCCAUGCGUGAUCCCACCACGGGCAUGUGUCCCGCGAGCGACAAGAUGCGCAACCCCACCAUGUGGGUCGGUAUCUUCUGUGGCGGUAUCCUGACGGCUAUGCUGAUGCUGUACCGCGUCAAGGGUGCAGUCAUUAUCGGUAUUCUGUUGGUUUCGAUCAUCUCGUGGCCCCGUCCAACACCAGUGACGUAUUUCCCGCACACCGAAUUGGGCGACAGCAAUUUCGAUUUCUUCAAGCAAGUAGUAACGUUCCAUCCGAUUAAGCAUACGCUUGUGGCGCAGGAAUGGGACCUCUCCGGACAUGGCACGCAGUUUGGAUUGGCGUUCAUUACCUUCUUGUAUGUCGAUAUUCUUGACACUACUGGUACCCUCUAUUCUAUGGCACGCUUCGCUGGUGCUAUCGAUGAGCGCACUCAGGACUUUGAGGGUAGUGCUUUCGCCUAUAUGGUUGACGCGAUCUGUGUCUCUAUCGGCUCGCUCUUUGGCUCCCCUCCCGUGACAGCCUUCGUCGAGAGUGGUGCUGGUAUCUCGGAAGGAGGUAAAACCGGUAUGACCUCGUGUGUGACCGGCCUCUGCUUCUUCAUCGCUGUUUUCUUUGCCCCGAUUUUUGCCUCGAUUCCUCCCUGGGCGACCGGGUGCACCCUCGUCAUUGUCGGUGCCCUCAUGUGCAAGGCUGCCGCCGAAAUUAACUGGAAGUACUACGGUGAUUCCAUUCCAGCCUUCCUCACUAUCGCGAUCAUGCCUUUUACCUACAGUAUCGCGUACGGCUUGAUUGCUGGUAUCCUAAGCUACAUCUGCAUCAACAUGCUGGUGUGGAUCAUUGAAAAGGCAAGCUUUGGACGGGUUGUGCCGCCGAAUAAGGAUGAGAAGGAUGCGUGGACCUGGAAGCUCCCUGGUGGUUUCUUCCCUCCUUGGGUCAAGAGAGCUGCGAGAGGGAAAAAGAAGUUCUGGCAGCCGGAUGAGGAAAAUGAGGGUGUCGUGCCAGACGGGUCGGUGUCGAGCAAUGACCGGGGGGAGAAGUCCGGGUUUAAGAGCAAGAGUGGUGUUGUUUGA